AUGAACUCUCUUACAACUCUGCUUCUCUUGGCUUUAAGCCUCUCUGUUGCUCACUCGAUGAAUUACAAGGCUCUCAACCAGUUCAGAAAAAUGAUCCUGUGUUUGAUGCCUGAUAGCUGGCCCAUUUUUGACUACGCUGACUACGGCUGCUACUGUGGAAAGGGUGGCUCAGGCACACCUGUAGAUGAUCUGGAUAGAUGCUGCUAUGUCCACGACCAAUGCUAUAGCGACGCUAUGCAGCAUCCUGAUUGUUGGCCCAUUUUCGACAACCCUUACACAGAGAUCUACAGCUACAGCUGUGAUGAGGAGCAGAAGAAAGUCACCUGUAGCCACAAAAACAACAAUUGUGAGAUGUUCAUCUGUGAAUGUGACAGGAAGGCUGCAGAGUGUUUCGCACGGUCACCAUGGAACCCUGAGCACGAGCACCUGCCAAGCCACAUGUGCAAGUGA